UAUUUCAUGGCGGAGGUCUUCGAUGAGCACAGCUGAAGCGCAGAACAGAAAAUACGAGCGACGUAGCCAGACAGCAAGCAAAAGAGCUAGCUAGUUGUGUUCAGAGAGAAGAGGAGUGACGACGAGACUGCUUUUAAAAAAAAAAAAUGUAUUUUCGAUGACAGACGCUGCAAUGAACCUUUCUUCAAAGCUAGCUAACGUUUAUAUAGCAAUCCGAUCUUUGAAUUUAAACAGAGACGUUUGAUGUGAAGUCGGCCAGGGUUGUCCUGGAGCGAAAAUAAAAGGCCAAAACUGCGUUUCUGAGACGAAGGGAAUGUCUAAUUAACAUCUCUGUACGUGUCAAGCCUGUCAUUCCCUUCGUGUAGGUGCUAGUUACUGCGCUGGGAUUCUCUGUGGAAUGAUCGUGUCAUGAUGCAGUCGCUGAGUCUCACCCCGCACCCAGGUGACGAGGGAGGGUGUCUCCGGCCGUCGGCCAAUCACAGAAGGUGCUUUAGGAUAGUCACUUCCUGUUUGUGUUUAUCAAUACUUCCUCUCGGAACCCUCCAGCCUCACUGACGUCCCGCCCCCUUGGCCAAAGUGCCAGGAUUCCGGUCUGGAAGAAGGUUUCGACUGCUCCUACAGGUUUGUUUAGGUGCUAUGCGUCUCUACUUCCUGGUUUACCGUGUGCUGAUGAUGUCACAGAAGGAAGUAUAGGACCUCUCUGCCUGUAGAACAUCAGCCUCCUUGCACUUUCUAGAACUUCCUGUUUCCUGCUGCUGCUUGACGAGCUGUUAAAUUGCACAACAUCUCUCAGACACUCUUAAGGCUCUGACCUCUAACCUCUGAACCCCAAGCAGCCAUGAGGCACAUUCACGUAGAUCUGACGCACGGCAGCAAGGAGGAGCUGGCUCCUGUGGAGCUUCCAUCCCAUGAGGGGGACCUGUCUUCUCCUGCAGCCCCUUCACAGGGCCCUGAUCCUGGGGUGAUGGUUGGGGUUUCCAGACACUUUGGUCAGGAGCAGCUGCGUCUCCAGAAGGUCUACCAGCUCUCUAUCUUCUCCCAGCUGGGGGGGUUCUCAACCUCCGACCCCCCCAGGACAAGUGAGGCCCAGCCGGGACAGGCCCCUCGGAUUGCCAGGCAGGGGGUCAAGAGGGGCCUGGAGGAGCCCAAGCUUAGCCACAAAUGGCCCCACCUGGCUGGGGACACAUACAGAGAUGGUGACACCCAGGAAGAAGGGGUUCUGUGUGGGCCAGGACCUAGGGUAGGGGUUGGGAUGGGGGUAGGGGUAGGGCAGGUAUUCUCCUGCGUCAUGGUCGAUCACAGAGACUCAGAUGGGGACCUGUCACCUAGAUCCCCCCCACCUGAACCCCUCUCCCCAGGCCACACCCCCGCCCGACGCCCCGCCCAGCACAACCACGACAGGCCCGUCCCGGACCCGUGGGCUCCGCUGUCUCCCCACAGCCCCCCUGGCUCCCGCAGCCCCUUACCCAGCACAGAGCCUCCUUCUGAUCCUGGAGGGUCCGGGACGGGCUGCAGUAGUGGCUCCUCAUCGGGACAGCGUCAGCCCAACUCCUGCAGUGACGAGGGUUCCUAUUGGGCCCCCGGAGCCUUCGACACCCCCAACCCCCCUGGACCUCCCCUCGGACCUACAGGCUCCCUCUCCCCCCACUACCUUCUCACCACAGACCCCAAGGGUCCCGGGGAGGGCAGUGAGUGUGGGGCCGAACUAGAAUCCACCCCGCCCCGUCCCAGUACCACAGCAUCCACCAACGAGCUGGCCUCCCUGGAGAAGUCCCCCAGCACCAGCGGGUUCCGUGGGGUCCCCUCGGUCCCCUGCCCUGCUAAGAAGAAACUUCUAUCCUCUAGCGACACGGCAGAGUCGUGUUCGGAGGACGAGGGCCCCUCUACCUCUAAGAGGAGCCGUCUGGCCCUGCUGGCCCCUGGCUUGGGGCUGGCCUCCUGCAGGGGCACCGAUGCCAAGGCUGCCCCCUUCUGGAGCCACCUGCUGCCUAACGCACAGGGCCGGGACCACGCCAAGAGUGUAUCAGAAGUCAGCAGAACCAGCAGGAGGUUGAAAAGUCGACAGCUGCGUAGUGGACGGCGCACAGACACCUUGUGUCGUUCUGCUCGGUCAGGCUGGCCCUCUUCCUCAAUCAGCCGGUCACUACUGGGCAACUUUGAGGAGUCGAUCUUGAAGGGUCGUUUCUCUCCGUCGGGUCGUAUCGAGGGCUUCACAGCAGAGAUCGGUGCCAGCGGAUCCUACUGCCCUCAACACGCCACUCUGCCUGUACACGUCACCUACUAUGACAUCUCAGAGCACAGCGCACCCUCACCCUUCUUGGGAGUGAUCUCCUUGGAGCCUCUUGGAAAGAAGGGAUACAGCGUACCCAAAGCAGGGACCAUCCAAGUGACCUUAUUCAACCCCAAUAAAACUGUGGUGAAGAUGUUCCUCGUGACCUAUAACUUUGGGGACAUGCCCGUCAAUCACAUGACCUUCCUGCGUCACCGCAUCUUCCUGGUUCCCGUGGAGGAGGCCGGGCCAGGUGGGAAGGGGGAGGGGCCUACAGAGCCCAGGGCAACACCCACAGAGAGGAAGAAGAUUCUCUGCUACUUGAUACACCUCAGAUUCCAGAGCUCCAAAUCUGGGAAGAUUUACCUGCACAACGAUAUCCGGCUGCUUUUCUCCCGCAAGUCCAUCGAGGUGGACACAGGGAUCCCUUACGAGCUCAAAUCUUUCACCGAGGUGCCAAGAAACCCCAAAUACUCCCCCCGUGUGUGACCCUACGGCUCCUAAUCCCUGACCCCUAACGCAGCCCGGAAUAGGGCGUAGACAGACUGCUCAGUACAUCGACGAGAAAACUUGAAUAGACUUUACAUACAUACAUACAUACAUACACACACUAUAUAUACAAAUGUAUGUGGACACCCCUUCAAAUUAGUGGAUUCGGCUAUUUCAGCAAUACCCGUUGCUGAUAGGUGUAUAAAAUCGAGCACA